UUUGGCAAUGCUAAAGGUAAACAAAUUGGCGACAUCCUGACCAUCCGCAGUAAUGGAAGUAUCUUCGAUAGUAAAAACUUACACUUAAGUUUUUUGCUACUACAGAAAAAGAUAAUUUCUGGUUCUUUAUUUUCUUUAUACCCUAAACUGUUUAGAUUCAAGUUCAAUUAAACAGAAAUUUUGGUAAUAAUUUGUUAUGGGCCGGUCUUCGAAGGACAAACGAGAUAUUUAUUAUCGGCUUGCUAAAGAAGAAGGAUGGAGAGCAAGAAGUGCAUUUAAAUUGUUGCAAAUCAAUGAAGAGUUUGGAAUAUUUAAAGGUGUCACAAAAGCUGUAGAUUUAUGUGCUGCUCCUGGAAGCUGGAGUCAAGUAUUAUCUAGAAAAUUAAGGGGGAAUGCUGAAGCUGGACAUGUCAAAAUAGUGGCUGUGGACCUGCAAGCUAUGGCACCAUUGGCAGGUGUAACUCAAAUACAAGGAGACAUAACAAAGGUAUCAACUGCACAGGAAAUAAUUAGUUACUUCCAGGGUGAAAGUGCUGAUCUUGUAGUAUGUGAUGGAGCCCCUGAUGUGACAGGCCUGCAUGAUUUGGAUGAGUAUGUUCAAGCCCAGCUCUUAUUGGCAGCUCUCAAUAUUACUACUCAUCUUUUGAAGGAAGGAGGAACUUUUGUUGCAAAGAUAUUUCGUGGAAAAGAUGUCACUUUGUUAUAUUCUCAACUCAAGUUGUUUUUCAAAACUGUGACUGUAGCUAAGCCUCGAAGUAGUAGAAAUUCAAGUAUUGAAGCAUUUGCUGUUUGUGAAGGCUAUCACCCACCUAAAGGAUAUGUUCCAAAUAUGAUGAAUCCAUUAUUAGAUAUGCAGUAUGAUAAUUUUGACCGACUGACUGGUAUUAAUCGUGUCAUUGUACCUUUCAUGGCCUGUGGUGAUCUCAGUGCUUUUGAUUCUGACAGAACAUAUCCUUUGCAGUUGAAUGAAAAUAAGGAUUAUGUCUAUCUUCCCCCUACACAAGAACCUAUCGAUCCACCUUAUAAAGAAGCUGUUAUGCUAAAACGUCAAAAUAAAUUGGCAAAACCUGAGGUUCAAGUAUCACAUGUAAAUUUAUCAGAUCAGUGUUCUAGUUCUACUGAAAAGCCUAAUUCAAAAAAUUUUGAUAUUGGUGAAGAUGAAGAUGAUUGUCUAAAGGAAGAGUUACCUGCUGUUGAAAAUUUACAACUAUCAGACAGUCAUUGAUAGUGAUGACAAUUUUAAAAUGUAAAUAAAGAUUUUUUAUAAUUGUU